AACCUCGACGGCUUCCGUACAUUCUACAAAUUGUCAUUUCCUCGCGGCGCGGAAUAUAUCGGCUGAGGAAGUGGCCGGAAGCGGAGCUUGUGUUGUGGGGGAGCCCGGUACCGGAAGAGCAGACAACCUCGGUUUCACAUAUUGGAGAGAAAUGGGUUAAACAUGGGAACUCUCACCACUCACUGGGAGGUGACUGCUAGGGGCCAGGUGGUUUCCUCUCUGGACCUGUUGGACUCUGGAGCUAUGCCAAUGCUAUCUGAUGAGCUGCAGUCCAGACCAGAACUUCUGGUGGAGUUUGUGCAAAAUACUUCAAUUCCUUUGGGAGAAGAGCUCGUGGAAUCCGAAUGUAAAGCCCUUUCGUGUCUCUCUCCCCUUCCGGAGUCUGAAGCGGCACAGUGUGGGUCGCUGCUGUUAGACGCAGCAGUCGUUCAGGAGCUUCCGCCAAAAAGUCCAGGCGCGACCUUGCUGAACACUCUUCAUGUGGACGUUGAUCACAGUGCAGACCCCAGGGUGGGGAAAAACAGCGCCCUCCUUUCCCCCACGGACCCUCCGACGCUGCUCCAAGAUCUGCCCCCCACCGAUAACUCUUCCUUUAUACUUCUCAACCUCGCCAGGACAGGGUUAGGGUCUCCUCCAGAGCAGCUGGUUUUUGUUCACGAUGAAGCAGAGGACUCUGGUAACGAUUUCCUUUCCAGUGAUUGCACCGACAGCAGCACUCCGUGGUUUCUGCGCGUUCAGGAGUUGGCCCAUGACAGUCUAAUAGCCGCUACCCGGGCACAGUUAGCAAAGAGUGCCAAGACCAUCUGCAACGGAGAAAUCACUCUGAGCCCCUCCUUGGAUGUAGAACCAAGAACCCCCCUGGCGGUCUCUCAUCUGCCGCCCGCAGACAGGCGACUUCGCUGCUCCUUUCGUGGCUGUGACCGGUCCUUCGUGUGGGCGACACACCUGAAGUAUCACCUGAAAACACACAGGAAUGAUCGUUCAUUCGCCUGUCCUGCUGAAGGUUGUGGGAAAAGUUUCUAUGUUCUACAAAGGCUGAAAGUUCACAUGCGUACUCACAACGGCGAGCGGCCUUUCCUGUGCCCUCAGGCUGGCUGCGGCAAGCAGUUUACCACGGCCGGCAACCUGAAAAAUCAUCUGCGCAUCCACACAGGGGAGAAACCCUUUGUCUGCGAGGCGGAGGGAUGUGGACGUUCCUUCGCUGAAUACUCGAGCCUGCGAAAGCAUAUGGUCGUGCACUCAGGAGUGAAGUCCCAUCCGUGUCCAGCGUGCGGGAAGACGUUUUCUCAGAGUGGAAGUAGAAAUGCUCAUGUUAGAAAACAUCAUCCAAGAAGCUUGACAGACGGAAGCGUCUCGGCCGCUCUGUGCCAGGAUCCUCUGCAGCAGACGCACCUGCUCUCCGGGCCCACGCCGCCUCGCACCUACGAACAAGAUGUCUCUCUAUUGAUGAACUGAAGGCUUCUGGGAUAACUGGCUCGGGCCGGGACAGUCGCGUGGGACACGGAAUAAAGAUGUUUGGCUUUUAAAGUGCAGAAAGAGUUUGAAAAACUGUUGAGCUGAAGGACGCUGC